AUGUGGAACGACGAGGACAAUAAUCCCUAUGGGAGCAGCUUCGAUCGCCGGGAUUCGCAAACCUCAUCGUCAGCAAUCCCGAGCUCGCCGACAUCCAGAGACUAUGGAGUUUUUGAGACUUCCCACACCCCUUCAACUGGCAGCGACGAUGCUCAUUCACCGCGUGCGCCCUUCAGCCAUGGCGCCGGGCACGUUGACGAAGAGGACGUACUGGCAGAUGACGCGCCUCCACGACGGAAGCCAGGCGGUUACAACAGCCGCAUUGAGCAGAUUCUUUACGAGAACCCUAACAUGCCCAUCAUGAUCACUGACGCGGGCAAGAGCGUGGAAAGUGGAGGGAGAUACAUUGUGUAUACCAUUAAGACUGGGGAUCUCGAAGUUCGUCGCCGGUAUUCUGAAUUCGCCUCGCUCAGAGAAGCCUUGACCCGUCUUCAUCCAACGCUUGUCAUCCCGCCUAUUCCCGAAAAGCACACCAUGGCCGACUACGCUGCGAAUCCCACAAGCGCCAAGCAAGAUCAGCAAAUCAUUGACUUACGAAAGCGCAUGCUGAUGGUCUUCCUGAACCGCUGCCGUCGAAUGGAUGCCGUGAGAGAGGACGGCGUCUGGUGGAGAUUUCUUGACCCAAACUCAAGCUGGAGCGAGGUCUUGCAUUCUCACCCCGUCGCUUCUAUACCCAAAUCCAUUCUCAAAGCACCUCCGCUGGACCCCGCGAAUCCAACCCCUGCGCACAACUUCCUUCCAGUCCCUUCCAGCUCAGCAAAGCUCAAGGCUCCGGCCAGUGGUCAAGACUUGAGCGCCUCCGUUCUCCAAGGCGCGGCUCAUGCGAUCGAACGCUUUCCGGCAGAUGCGUCCAAACUAAGCGAGCAGGAACUUGACCCGUACUUCAUUUCCUAUGAAGCCUCGAUUAAGGAGCUAGAACAGCUUCUCACGGGUCCCAUGGAGAAGGUCAACCGCCGAACCCUCAGCCAUUUGUCAUCCCUAGCGGCAGACCUUUGCGAGUUGGGAUCGAGGUACAACGCAUUUGCCCUGUCGGAACAAGCCCCCUCCUUAGGACCGGCUAUCGAGCGGAUAGGUCAAGCCGCCGAUGCGUCAUACAUUGCAACCGAAGAGCUGUCGGGCACUCUAGGUGCAAGUUUCGCGGAGCCAAUGAGAGAAAACGCUCAAUUUGCAGGAGUUGUCAGGAGCGUCUUGCGGUAUAGAGUUCUCAAGCGCGUGCAACAGGACAUGACAACCGAGGAGCUGAACAAGAAGCGAGCCUUACUGGACCAGCUGGAGCGCAGUGAAGCAGAAGCGAGACGCAUCGAACAGUAUCUUUCAAACAGCCAAACAAUCUCACCUGAGCCGAAACGGUCAGCCAGCCAUCGAGAACCCCCGACGCAGCACCGACGCGAUGGAAGUCAAGAAGACACUGAAUCUAUAGAUUCGGAUUUCCCACCCACCCACGGCGACUUCCCGUCGGUGCCCCCAUCUGCCAGCCAAGGCCUUCCCGAGAGAAGCACGAGCAACACGCACAGAAAGAUGCCCAGCACAAACUCUAUAACGAACAAGAUCUUUGGGCCAAUCCGCCACGCGGUUCAGGGAGUCGUAGACGUGGAUCCUGAGCGAACCCGCCGAGACACAAUUGGGAAGACGCGUGAAUCUAUUAUCCAACUAGAGCAAGCGCAGGUGGUCUCUGAAAAGGAUGUCAAGGAGGCCAGUGCAAGUGUUCUUGAAGAUCUGAAACGGUUCCAGAAAGAUAAAGAGGAUGAUUUGCGGAGAUACAUGUUGGCGUAUGCCAGGAGCCAGAUUGAAUGGGCGCGCAAGAGUAAGCAGCAAUGGGAGGAAGCCAGGGCAGAGGUUGACAAGAUCGAUGAGAACUGA